AUGGAGUGCGCCCUGGACGCCCAGAGCCUGAUCAGCAUCUCCCUGCGCAAGAUUCACAGCUCCCGGACCCAGCGCGGCGGCAUCAAGCUGCACAAGAACCUCCUGGUGUCCUACGUGCUCCGCAACGCGCGCCAGCUCUACCUGAGCGAGCGCUACGCCGAGCUCUACCGGCGCCAGCAGCAGCAGCACCACCAGCAGCAGCAGCAGCCGCCUCACCACCAGCACCAGCACCAGCACCUCCCGUACGCGGCGCCCGGCAUGCCGGCCAGCGCGGCCGACUUCGGCCCUCUCCAACUUGGUGGCGGCGGCGGGGACGCGGAGGCGCGCGAGCCGGCCGCCCGGCACCAGCUGCACCAGCUCCACCAGCUCCACCAGCUGCACCUCCAGCAGCAGCUGCACCAGCACCAGCACCAGCACCCGGCGCCCAGGGGCUGCGCGGCGGCGGCCGGGGUGCCCGCGGGCGGCGCGGGGGCGCUCUCGGAGCUGCCCGGUGGCGCCGCGCUCCAGCCGCCGCCGCACGGCGCGCCCCACCGCGGGCAGCCCUUGGAGCCGCUGCAGCCGAGCCCCGCGCCUCCGCCUCCGCCUCCGCCCGCGCCCGCCGCGCUCUGCCCGCGGGACCCUCGCGCCUCGGCCGCCUGCUCCGCGCCCCCAGGGGCCGCCCCUCCGGCUGCCGCCGCCGCCGCCGCCUCCCCGCCCGCCUCCCCGGCCCCCGCCUCCUCCCCCGGCUUCUACCGGAGCGCGUACCCGGCCCCCUCGGACUUCGGCGGGCACUGCAGCAGCCAGACCACCGUGCUGGACCUGGACACUCACGUGGUGACCACGGUGGAGAACGGCUACCUGCACCAGGACUGCUGCGCCUCCGCCCACUGCCCCUGCUGCGGCCAGGGCGCGCCGGGACCCGGCCUGGCCGCCGCCGCCGGCUGCAAGCGCAAGUACUACCCCGGCCCGGAGGAGGAGGAGGAGGACGGCGAGGACGCGGGCGACCUGGCGGCCGAGCCCCCCGGGGGCGCCCUGUUCGCCCCCUGCAAGCGCGCCCGCUUCGAGGACUUUUGCCCGGACUCGUCCCCGGACGCGUCCAACAUCUCAAACUUGAUCUCCAUCUUUGGCUCGGGCUUCUCGGGGCUGGUGAGCCGGCAGCCGGACUCCUCGGAGCAGCAGCCGCCGCCGCUCAACGGGCAGCUGUGCGCCAAGCAGGCGCUCGCCAGCCUCGGCGCCUGGACGCGAGCCAUUGUCGCCUUCUAG